AUGUCUCAUCUGAAAUAUUACAAUUAUCCUGGAUUUGGCGAGAAGAUGGCGGACAUUUACAGUCAGGCUGUGCGCGUGGGGAACCGAGUUGAAUGCGCAGGACAAGGCGGCUGGGACCCUGCCACCGGAAUCGUCUCCGAAACAAGCACCCAACUGGAUCAAAUCGAGCAGGCCUUCAAGAACGUCGACAUGAACCUGAAGCAAGCCGGCGCGGAAAGGGGCUGGGGCCAAGUCUUCAGGGUGAAUAGCUACCAUAUACCACUCAAUGACGAAAUUAUUGAGAAGGUCAAGACAGAGAUCGCAAAGUGGUGUGGAAAGGAGCAUCGACCGAUUUGGACGGCCGUGGAGGUGCCCAAGUUGGGACUAGAGAAUAUGAAGGUGGAGAUUGAGGUUAGUGCCCAUGUUGGCGAUUGA